AAUCUCAUCAGCGGGUAUUCUGCAGUUAAGGCCGAAAGAAUCCAAUCUUCGGACCUUCAGGUUAUUGUGUUUAUGUGCUUAAAAGUUUGAAGAUUUUUUUUUCCUUGGAUGUAAGAGUCUAAGAGUGUGUAUCUGUGGGUUGAAGUCUUGUUGAUGGAUCAUCCAUCUCAUCCGUUUCUCAUUUUGCAGCAACUCAUAAUCAUACAUAGUAGAAGUUAUGGCUGGGCGUAGUGAUUCAGGUUCAUCUGAGAAGAAAUCAAGUGAGGCCACAAAUGAUGUACCAACCUUUAGUGCAGAAAAUCUGCAAAGUAACAUGAAAAUAAUCUAUUACAGCCGAACAUUCAUGUCCAUAAUUGGUGGGGUUGUUGCUGGAAUAUUAGGGUUCACAGGCUUGACCGGGUUUAUCUUCUAUUUUCUUGUCAUGGCAAUUACUUCAGUUGGACUCAUAGCCAAAGCAAAGUUUUCAGUUAAUUCAUACUUUGAUAGCUGGAAUAGGAUAUUACUCGAUGGAUUUAUGGGUGGUCUCAUGGUAAGCUUGUUAUCUCUAUGGGUUGACGGCUGAUUACAAAUUCGUAACUGGGUGUGCAAAUUUCAUCAUAGAAUAUUCUACUUUUAACAUAUUAAAGCUUUUUGGUUUGUCAUCUUGAUUUCUUAUUGGGUGGGGAGAACUACCAUCAAUCAAGGUGUGUGACUGAGAACAUUUAAUCUUGCAUGUGGCAUGUACAAUGGUAUCAAAUAACAUUAAUUUCAGUUGAUUGAAAAGCUAUUGUUCCUCUGGAAGUGUAUUUGGACAACAGUAUUAAGAUAGGAUAGGACCAACUGGGUAAGCCAUGAAUGGUUUUGAUUCAUCUGAAGUUACUUAAGUUGGCAUUAGUGGGUAGCAUUGUCAAUGUAAAAUGUGUCAUUUCUUUGAGGCUAGCAUUUUCCAUUACAUGCUCUGAUUUGGUAUUACUUUGUGAGUUUACUUGUGAAUGAUAGAAGACAGUAUUACAUUUAG